UUUCUGUCCUCCAUCAUCUCCAAUCACCACCAGUAGUACUAUUUCCAAUUCCAAGUCCCCAGCAUAUUUUGAUCUCCGAAAAACUCCGGCGCCGAUUUGAUAAGCGCUAGUACUCCGCCGCGAAGAUGCGGAUGAGCUGCAACGGGUGCCGGGUGCUGCGCAAGGGGUGCAGCGAGGGCUGCACCAUCCGGCCGUGCCUGGAGUGGAUCAAGAGCCCCGACGCGCAGGCCAACGCCACCGUCUUCCUCGCCAAGUUCUACGGCCGCGCCGGGCUGCUCAACCUCCUCGCCGCGGGACCCGACGACCUCCGCCCGGCGCUCUUCCGCUCGCUGCUCUACGAGGCAUGCGGCCGGAUGGUGAACCCGAUCUACGGCUCCGUCGGGCUGCUCUGGUCCGGCCGCUGGGAGGCCUGCCAGGCCGCCGUAGAAGCCGUGCUCAAGGGGGAACCAGUCGUUCAGGUCUCCUCCGAGGCCGUCCCCUCCGCGCAAGCCACCCCGCCCCUCAGGGCCUACGACAUCCGCCAUGUCGCCAAGGACCCAGAGGCCGCCGAUCCGCUGCGUGUCUCGCGCGCUGGACGCACCAGAUUCAAGCGCGGCGCCUCGUCCUCCACCUCCAAAACAAAGAAGGUCAGCGCCAGCGCCGGUGCAAAGAGCUUCUCUCCCGCCCCAAGGCAGGAAUCAGAGCAGGCGCCGAGCCACGAGGAGUCGGCCGGCAGCCACAACCACGGCCAUGUUGAUGACGAGGGCAUGAUGAUGGGAGUCGAGCAAACGCGGGAACAGUCGGAUCAGGACACCGAGGCUGAGGCGGGCUCGCACGUCAGCCAGGCCGAGCAGAGCCCUGUGCCGCCGAUGCGGCAGGAGGAGAUCGGGCUGGAGCUGACGCUCGGGCUGGAGCCGUCGGUCACGCGCGUGGCGAGGUCGCCGCUGGCACCCUUAGACCUCAGCGGAUUGAGCGCCGAAUCGAGCCACAUCGGCCUGGGGCUUGCGCUGCCGGCGUGAGAGUGUCCUGGGCUCCUGGCCUCAUGUUAGUAGUACGGUUUUGGGAUCGUGUCAGGCUCCUUUCUUAGGAUUUAAUUGAUUUCUGUAAUGUAUUCACCAUGUCUGCCCGUACAAACUCUCUGAGGUUCAGCUGUGGCAGACGUUGUUUAAAUUGAUAGAACAAUUCUGAUAUGACAAGUUGAGAUGCAAAAUGUUCUCCAAAUAGCA